UUAUUCAGCGGGGACGAGAUUUUUUCUGUCAAACUUGUCGCCGCACGAGGAUAUAGGUUAUGUGAGCUCCGCGAGUGGAGCGGAGUGAGUGAGCUCGUCCUCCCCCUACUUGCGGCCGCUCGUCGUGGCGAGUUACCGCAGGAUGGGCCAGGGUACGGAGACGUGUGCCGAUCGGCCCACGGAGGUCAGCGUUAUCAGAUUUGUCUCGCGGAAUCGCACCAUUGAGGAAAUCGCACCGAAAAAGGAAGUAUACACUUGUAAACAACGAGGUUGUGGUAAAGUGUUCACUAAUCAAGAUGAAUAUAAGACACAUGAGGCAUUAGAGGCUUUGAAAAUUCGAUUUAUAUGUCGUGAGCCAGGUUGCGGAGAGGAAUUAUCAGAUCCAGGUAGCAUGUGGCGACAUUAUCAAGAAUGGCAUAACAAUGAGACAAAUGUUUUUGUAUGUCCAUAUACCAAUUGCGGUUCUUUGCAAUCUACCAGUGGUAAUCUCGAGGAGCAUAUUGAGAGUUGUCAUAGACAACCACCUACACUGCCAAUGGAGCCUGAGAUAAUUUGUUUUGAAGGCCCUGAAAACGCAAUAGACGAAGAAGUUAUGCAAAAGACUGAUGAAAGCUGUUACGAACAACUGCCAAGCGAAAACUUUACCAUAAAGGAAGAAUAUGGGAAUAAGGAAGAAAACUGUCCUAUUAGAAGUGAAACUAAAAUUCAAGUGAAGAACGAGUUUUGUCACGAGCAGAAUAAAAUUACGACUGUUACAAACAGUGAGGAUUACUCGAAUAAUGAAUCUUUGAAUAGUAUUAACAAGUUUUCAAACAGUGAAGAUUUACUUAUAAUUAAGGAUAAUUUCUUACGAAAAUACGAUACUGGAACACCAAAAUGUGAAGAGAUUCUUCAGGUGGAAUGCACACAGGAUAAGAAUAAUGUGGUUUAUAUAAAUAGCGACGUAACCAUUACGAAGAACAUGAAAACGGAAAUAUGCAACUUAAAUAUACGAAAUCAGGAGCAUAGAAUAGAUUUAGGAAAUAUGGAACGAGUUUUUCGAAGCGGUCUUGAGCGUGAUAACUCCUUGAAGCUCGAAGAGAGCUCGAUAGAAACAAAUAGCAAUUGUUCGGAUGACGAGGAGUACACCCCAAAGAAGCAACGUAUGUCUAGGUAUAAACAGGAAACAUAUAAAUGCGACAUCAACGGUUGCGGAAAGAAGUACAAAUACAUAUCGCACUAUCGUCAUCAUCAAGACAGUCAUAAAUUAGUCACAAAUGCAAUUAAUUCCAAUACCAGUAAGCAAAUGCCAAAGGUAAAGCAAGGAAAGGCAUCUACUGUCAGUUUUUUCAUAUGCAAAAUGCCUGGAUGUGGCGCGCAGGUAAACAAUGUAACUGGCCUAUGGAAGCAUUAUCAGGACAAUCAUGCCAAUUCCAAGCCGCCAGUUGUACAAACUACCAAGAACAAUGAAGUAUUUCAGUAAAGUGUUUGCGUUUCAAUUUUCGUAAUAUUCCGCUUAUUACGGGCAGCGCACACGCACAGCGUGAGUAAACGUAAUAAGCCGAUAUUUCAGAGACAAGGUACCGGAAUGCGAGGUAGAGUUGAAGGAUGUUGUACAAACAUAUUUCGAUCAAGUUCACUCUGACGAUUCCACCGAGCGACACGAACAGAAAGACUGGCAAUGGGAGUAGCAUUCAUUUUACUGAGGUAUUACAGAGGGACGCUACUACCCAGUAGAGAAAUUUUAAGACUGAAUUCCAAGCCAAGCAUAAUAUUAAUUUGAAUAACUACGCCGGAAGCGGCGACGGAUGCACCAUUCAUAACCGUUAAUAAUUAAAAAGGGAAUUUUUUCGAAAUUAACUCUAAUCUCGCGAGGAGGUUCUCUCGUUUGCGACGUGGAAUAGCGAGAAGUCAUGGUUAUUCAGAGUAUUUUACAGAGAUUAUUAUAUAGCCAAUUUUAUGCGAUUAAAUCGCUUUAAGCUUACGUGUUUGGUCUGUAAUUGAACGCUGUUAACUAUGAUCGAUAGAUUCUUCUAGUAACUGUAAGUGACAUGGGCUUUGUAGGAUACUCUGACAUCGAUCAGUCAAAUAUACUAUUGCCGGUAUUUAAGAAAGUUUUAUCGAGCAGCUUUGUGUAUGCAGUGGCGGAAUGACUAGCAGCUCGGAUAAAUAGUGAAUUCAGUCCAAAAGUAUAUACAUAUAUCAUUCUAUAUAAAUUUUUCUCGUCGCUAUAAGAGGCUAAAUCCGCUGUUGUGAUUCGCACUUAUAAUAACGAGACUCUCUGUACUGAUUUUUACUAUUUUAUAAUUAUGUCGUUUUUAUGUAACUUAUAUUCCUUCUAUACCAAUAUAUAUGUCGAUAUUUACUAUACCGGUGUGUAUAUAUUUAAUAUAUACACAUGCACACAUAUACAUAGUUGUUAUAUAUAUAUAUAUAUAUACAUACGAUAUGUAUAUCAUAAUAAUGUAAGAAUUGUAUAGCAUUUUAUUUGUAUGUCUAUAUGUUUAAAAAUAAAGUGCAAUAUUAGAGACAAAA